AUAUGUGAAGCCCCUGCAGUAGGAGCGCGUAAUCGAAUGAUAGACGGUUUGGCGCGAUUUGACAUCGAACGAAACUAUUGGAACGGAAGUAUUCCCGUCACGUUUCGGAGCGGUAAUUUUGCGGCAGUCUGCAAAGGGUUAAACGCCAAUGCCGGCGACUCCGGAAUAGAGAAAGGAACACACGCGUUACUUGCUCGAACUUUUUGGCCAACGAAACGAGCCAUCGUCGUAAAGUUUUAUAGAUGUAUAUAAUGGAUGAACACGUUCAACGAAAUGAGAACAAGAAACAUCGAAAGCUAGUACGAAGCUAUGAGCAAAUUACGCCCGCUUGUGAUAUCCUGCAGUCUCCGGGUUCGGGGACGUCCCCCGCGAGAACAUCCAGCUCGGUGACCAUGGUGCUUUCCCCGACGAGCGGAGGAACUGGGGCCAACUCAGCCCAAGUUACGACCCUUGCGUUGAUCCAAUCCCCGAAGACGCCCUCACCUAAGGUAGUCACCUCCCCGCAGUCACUUAGCAGAAGCUUCGAGCAGGCCGUAGCGCAGUCUCCACCGAAAUACCAGAUGUACCACCAGUUCAGCCGGAUGUCCAACACCACCCAGCAGUACGUCCAGCAACUCCAGCAGAGUACCUCCCAUGCCCAGCUGGCAUCACCAACGAUGCAUCAUCAACCGCUGGGACGCAAGGCCAGCCUCACCCAGCCGCUUCCCGAGCCGCCAAACUCCAAGCCGUCAUCCAGCAGCCUCUAUCACCAAUCGCUCCAACAAUCGAAACCUAUGGACCAAAGAAGCAAUAACCCUUUUAUACUAAACUUUAACAACAUAUCCGGAUGUUGCAUGAAGAACUCACCCCCACCACCAUCCUCCAGCUCACCCAGUUCAACCUCCCCAGCAACCAUAACCACCCCACAACCCGCCCAAACUCCAACCGUUCCGGCACGCCGCAGUCGAUCCCUCCUUCUCAAGUCCUCCUCCACCCAACCACCCAACCAUCCUCCACCCACAACCGCUCCCACCGGACAGGUUCCACCGGUUCCGCCGCGGCUCUCCAAGUCACCAACGCCCACCAAAGAGGCCUCCCCUUCGCCAAUGCCCACCGUAACAACGACCGCCACCACCGUGCUGACAGCGCCCACCAUCGUAACGGCGACGGUAAGCUGUAGUACCGGCACCAACGAACGGCCAGUGACGACUCCAGUGCUGGCGACGGCACCGUCGCUGGUCAAGACGGUGGCCGACGAGCAGCAGCAGUCUUCGGCCCUGGUGAACGUGCGGAAGAAGCGGGACGACUUCCUGAAGGCGACCAUGAAGAUCUGCCUGGUGGUGUCGCCGCCUUCGUGCAAGUUGCAGCUUAAAUCCAGAAGUCUCACACAUUUAGAUAAGCUCGAACCGCCAAUCGCAACGCCGACCAACAUUUCGAGCGACUACCAUCAGCUGGAUCGGUUCAAGAGUGACAACUCGGACACGUCCAAUACGUCGAUUGCUUCCGCCACCGGAUCUUCCGGGUAUGGCGGCGGGGGCCGGCUUGUGGCAACGGGCGGGGUCGGCGGCAGUGGCAUCUGCUAUCCCAGCAGCACCGAAGGGCCCAGUCCGGGUGAGGUGUUAUCGCCGUCCCCUUCAGGGCCACCCCCGGCGCUGGCCACCUCCGGCAGUGCCCUCAUCGGGCUCAGUGACAGCGGCGGGGGUUGUAUAAAUCCUGCCUACGACAAUGGUGACGGAAAUUGCCCUCUCGGGGGCACGCCCGCCACGGGAGGCCCUGUCAAGCCGGAUGAAGUCGGCGCGGAGCGGGACGGUACGUCCGGAGUUCCGGGACCGGGAGGAGGAGGUGAAAGCACCACCAGCAGCACCAGCAACGAAACUACGAACCAAACCUGCUGCCUGUCGUCCCCGUCCUGCCCCAAGAGCAAGUCCCUGUCCACGUCGGCGUCGUUCAAGAAAAAGUCCUCGUCGUUUUUGCACCGCGAGCGCAAGAAACCGGUGCUGACGCGGAGUCAAGUUUCCAGUUCGGAAUAUUUCUCCGUGUACUUUGAAGCCGGCGAAAGCAACGGAUUCCGGGACGAGGUCCUAAUACCGGCCACGAAGGGAGUCUGCCUGGCCGACUCAUUGUUCUCAUCACUCUCGCAACGAAGCCUUAGCUUUUCCCAGAUCUAUGUCACGGAUAACGGAUUUAGCAAUUCACAUGAACUUGGCGUUCAAUACCUGGGACCACUGGACGCGUACACGGACAUUUCGAGCUUGGCUGGCCGGACGUUGGUAGUCUCGGACAAGGACAGCGGCGGAAGGCGACCCGGUGGCCACAUUACACUCCAGAAGGCCGCUUCCGUUGGCUAUCGGUCCACCUCGAACCGCCUCUUCACUUCGACCUCCACCGACGAAACGUACGACCAGAGUCCGAAGGCGGCCUCCUCUUCAUCCAACAAGCAAUCGAAGCAAAAAUGGACAAUAUCGUUCGGAUCCAAGGGACCACAAAAAUCAAAACUCUGCGAAUUGCUGGACAGCUACAAUAAGGGCAUCCCAAAACUGACGUCUUCCGCCAGCAAUUUUGAUAAACCAGAAUAUUUAGAAGCAUUAGAAGGCCUUAAAAAUUUACCUCAAUCGUGGACGGACAUCGUCAACUGUGCCGGAAUGAGCGAAACGGAGACAAAAAUUCAAUCUGCCAUAUGGGAGUUGGUAACGACGGAAGUUUACUACAUCCUGGCCCUGCAGACUGUAACAGAUCUAUUUCUGGCCUGCCUCGAGGAUAUCCAGUCGCACAACAUCCUAACCGACGUUGAUCAGAACAAAUUGUUCUCCAACAUACGCGAUAUUUGCGAGUCGAACCUCAAGUUCUGGACGCAGUAUCUGUACCCGAUGGUAAAGGAUAGCGUCGAAACCAAAGAGCAGAUGAGUGUGUUCCGGUUCAAGGACGGCUUCAUGGAGUUUUCCAACAUUUUCGGACCGUACACCAAGUAUUGCGCCGAGCAGAGCACCUGCCAGUACUACUGCAAGGAGCUGUACCAGAGCAAUUCGCUCUUUAUGUCCUACUGUGCCUGGUGCGAGUCGCAAAAAAUGUGCAACCGCCUCCGACUAGCCGAUAUCCUGGUGCGACCCAUGCAGCGAUUAACCAAGUAUGGGCUGCUGCUGGCAGCGAUUAAGAAGCACAUUGGCGAUGAGAACGAGGGGGAGGCGAUUGAUGAGAUGAUCCACUCCGUUGAGGUCUUCGUGGCCGGCGUAAACGCUCACCUGACCACGCGGCAAGAGAACGAACGGCUCAAAGGCAUCAACGCGCGGAUCGACUCGUACGAUGUGGUCGACUCGAACAACGAACAUCUGGACAAAAUGGUGAAGCAGUACAGCACCAUGCUGGACCUGAGCUUACCGAUGCACGGAACCGUCGAGGGCCGCAAGUUAUUCCUGGAGGGUGAUCUCAAAUUCAAGGACAGCCUUGGCAAGAUGGACGUCCACUGCUUCCUGCUCACGGACUUUCUGCUGGUGUGCAAAAAGAACAAACAUGAAAAUUUAAAGGUCGUCCGCCAGCCCUACAUGACGGACCGGCUGUCGGUGCAAAUCAAGGAGCAAACGCUGUACUGCUGCUACCUGAACGAACUCUCGAUGGUGGUGGCCGCCUUCACGUUGCAGUGUUCCAAAGCCCAAAGCUGGUACGAUUCGAUCACGAAAGCCAAACACAUCUACUCCCGGUUGAAGCUGGGCAUCGCCGGCGUUACGGCGGACCAUCUGCGCCAGUACGGCAACAUGAUCAACAUCAACAACAACAGCAACAGCAAUAUCAACAUCGCCAACAACGACCUGAGUCUGAGCGUCCGGAAGUCUCCACUGAACAGCUCGAUCGGAAGCCGGGUCAGCAGCUUGAACAACAGCCACAGCGGGUCGGUGGAUCUGAACGAGUCGAAGCAGGUGUCGAUAGACUUCGAAAAGGCCAACUCGCUGUCCAGCGAUGAGGGAGCGGGUGCUGUGGCAGGUGUCAUCGCGACGAAACUUGGUGCCGUUCCACCGUCGAGGAAGCUGAAGUCGACGGUUACGACGAUGCACACGACUUCGUCGAAUUCCUUGACGGUGCAACCGUUUAGCGGGUUGGGCCAGAGUAUGCCCAACCUGAACCUCAACUCCAUGCAGAAUAGUGUUGUUUACAGCAAUACCCUAUCCGUACCUGGGACGUCCAGCAGUCAUUCGCACUCCGGCAUGGUGCUACUGUCUCCUAGUCAGCGAGGAAUAUCCUACCCACCGCCUUCGCCAACGAGGUAUGAUGUAGCAACUCUACGCCGAGGAUUCGCCUUCUCGGCCUCCAUCAAGAACCCCCCGCUGAUUAAAACGCGCAACGUGGCCUCCCAGCAGAGUUUCGUCCUGUCCCAGCAGUCCAGCUUCAACUCGGCCACCCUCAGCCAGCACCACCAGCAGUGUCUGCCGACGACUUCGUCGCCAUCGCCUAGCGGCAGUGGAUCACCGAACGUAGCCUUCAUCAAGCGCAAGAACAGCUUCCAAAGCCAGGCUCCGAGUCCCAGUGGGGGUGGAGGCAGUGGACCCGGAACCGAUCCAAACACACCCAGCGGUGAAGUGGCCACCUAGUAUAAGCUACUGCCCUCCGGUCGUAGGUAGGACAAGUUCUACCUGGUGACGACCUACCGUAGGAAAUAGCAUUUACUUUCCCCACCCCAGCCCAGCUGAGGUGGGUCAAUCGUUGUGUGACCUAAGAGGUCAUCGAAUUCCGUAUGUUGAGUACUUGUAAAUAGUGAGAUUUUAACCUGAAAACACACAACUACAGUGGAAAUCAUUGUACAGAGAGUAUAAACAAAAUCUUGUAUUUUAAACUUAGACAAAAACAAAACAAACAAAACUAUUCAAACAAAAAAGUCGUUUUUACGUUAUUUUUCGUUUUUGAAUUCGAAACAAAUGUUGAACACAACAUAACAAAACGAUGCUGUGACAAACACUAGAAGCAAAGCAAGGACCCACGUGGAAAACAAACGGCAAACAAUUGGAAAUUGGAAACUCAUCCGACGGUUGAGGUUAACUGUUUGUUUUCGAAAGAAUCCUUCUAAAAUAAUCGUAUCCUAUCUAAAACCUUCUUUCCCUCCUCUAAUUGUUGCUCUUUUUUCUUUCCUAUCCAUCUAAAUGUA